AUGCUGUCCGAAUCACUCGCCCUCGGGCUCUGGGACCGGGUUUCAGUCGAUGAUCGUCACUGGGCGCCAGUCCUUCUAGGAACGCUCAUUGCUUACGGUGCAGGAUUGGUGAUCUACCGAGUAUACUUCCAUCCCUUGGCCAAGUAUCCUGGUCCUUUCUGGGCCAAAGUUACUUCUCUCUAUGACUUCUUCGCGGCGUUGUCAGAGCGUCGGGCGCAUAAUAUUCUAGCCUUGCACGAUAAAUAUGGGUCGAUCGUGCGCUACGCCCCCAAUAAACUUGCUUUUAAUGAACCUCAAGCAUUUCAAGAUAUCUACGGCUUCAAGGCCAAUGUCCGUAAAUCGGAUCUGUUUGCCGCAUCGCAGACCAAUUCAGAGGCCAAGGACACGUUCAGUGAACUAUACAAAGAUGCAGCAUUGAAGAAAAGAAAAAUCCUCGCGAGUGGAUUCUCAGAGAGUUCCUUGAGAUCUUUUGAAGCUUACAUGGUGGAUCAAAUCAACAUCUUUUGUCGUCAAUUGGUUGAUCCCGCAACCGAGAAGGUCAAGGACAUGUCGAGAUGGUUCAAUUUUCUCUCGUACGACUUGAUGGGUGAAAUUGUUUUUGGCCGCGGAUUCGGUAUGCUGACGGAUCCCUCGCUACACUAUAUUCUCGAUCUCAUUGAUUCCACAACGUUCUCAUACCUAUUGGGCGGUACCGUGCCUUGGUUGCACAAGUCCGGCUUGAUCAACUUGUUAUUACCUCGAAUCUACUUUAUGCGCCAGAGAUUUGUCGCCGAAUCGACCAAACGGAUAUCGGAGCGGGUUGCCGCAGGCCCAAGCGCCACUGGCGUGAACAAUCGAAAAGAUUUCUUCCACUAUGCAAGUCUCAGAGGGGACACUACAAGUGGCUUCUUACUAACCUAG